UUCACGAGGAAACAUAAAUCGAUAAGACGGUUAUUUUUUAAUCAACGGAAUUUAUUAGUUCAGUAUUUAAAAAAGAACCGGGAAGUAAGUUCACCAUGGAUGGAUUAGAACAACGAUUAAAAAAACAAGUUGAGUUAAUCAAUCGCAUAGAAACAUUUUUUGAGCUCCAAGCUUGCAAAUCGGAAAUAGCUUCCGCUUGUAACAUACUGUACAAGCAAUCCCGCGACAGUUCCAAUGCACUUCGGGAGGCACAAAAAUCAAUGGAAUAUUUUCGAAAUCAGCUAUGUCACAAAUUUGCUAAAGUAAAGCAAGUAAUGCAUCGAAACGAGUUACUAAUGUUGCAUUUAAUGGAACAAAUUGAUAAAACCCCAAAUGAAAAAGCCCUGAAGGAACAAAAUCCAAACACCCUACUGGUUAGCAAAGAAUCUAAAAAAAGUUCACAUCCGAAUUUACAAACCAUUGACAAAAUGUUUCUAACGGACUAUCAGAAAUCACCGUUUGUGUCAAAAAUGAAACCCAGAUGUUUAUCGUUUUUGGAUUUCAAUAUCUGCAUAACUCCGGAAGAAUUUGAGCAAAUUCCGAAAUAUAUGAAAGGUCGCGAAAGCUUAGACGAGCUUGUUGGAUUUCUGCAGUCUGUAGUUGUGUCUUGCUUCGAGGAGAAAUACUCUCUUUUGUAUAAAAACAAAAAAGCUGUGGUAAACCAGCAAGAUUUGGCACUGUGGAAAGUUUUCCAUCAGCAGCAGUCUGCUUUUCCUAACAGUAAGUUUAUCACACAAGGCGAUAUUGCUAGGAAGCUGGGUCGACUGAUUGAUAAAAAAGUAAAUGCAAAGCUCACGAUGCUACGUCACUUGCACAUCCUUCAGGAGACUAGAAGUGAAGGGACUGUGUAUUAUAUAUGGAGCCGUGAAUAACGUACAUAUAGGUAUUUCUAUUAUUUAAAUAUUCUGGAAGUACAACAACGAUAAGAUAUUUAAAAA